AACCCAAAAACAGAGUAUCAGAAAGAAUUCGAAAACAAACUUGAAAGAAACAGAGAUCAUAGGAAGCAAGAAAGAUGGAAGAGGUUGUGAUCAUAAUCAACGACUCGAAAUUAAUAUCUCCGGUUGUUCCUCGCUGUAGAAUAUGUCACGAAGAAGAGUUUGAGAGCUCAACAACCUUGGAAGCACCAUGUGCUUGUUCUGGAACUGUUAAGUUUGCUCAUAGAGAUUGCAUACAGAGAUGGUGCAACGAGAAAGGAAAUACGAUAUGUGAAUUAUGUCUUCAGCAAUAUCAACCUGGAUAUACAGCAAAGCCUAAGAAGUCUCACAUAAAUGAUGAAGCAAUGUCCACUAGGAUGGAGGAAGAAGAAUCAAACGGAAGAAUAGAGAUAAUGGAUGAAGUGGAAGAGCAGCCAGAAUGCAAUGCUGCAACUCAAAGAAGCGCGUCUUGCUGUCGAACAAUUGCAUUAGCUUUUACAUUUGUGUUGCUUGUAAGACAUAUAUUCGCAGUGCUUUCAAGUGGAACGGAGGAUUAUCCAUUUACACUUGUAACAGUUAUUAUACUAAAGGCUAGCGGAAUAAUUUUACCCAUGUACAUAAUUAUUAGAACGAUCGGAGCCAUUCACAACAGUGUUCAGCGACACUACGGGGAUUAUGAAUAUGCAAUAUCAUUGUCUGCUACAAGUGACGAAAGCGAGUCAAGACGGCUUCAUGCAUAUGCAACAAGUAUAUAAACAUUAUUUAUGUAUAUUAAUCAGGAGCAUUAUGAAAGAUGCUUCUCGUCAAUUUUUUUAUUUUUUGGUUGAAACAUUGAACAUAAGUUCAUAGAAAAAGCAAUUUGAAUUGAAAUGAAUUUCCCAUUUACGCA